UUUAAAAAAAAAAAGUUUGUGCAGGAAGAAAACUGCAUAAACCCACAACUCACGACAGCUAACUAAACUAACUCAACUCCGAUGGAGCUCGACCUCCGCUCUUUCCUUCCUGACGACACCGAAACCGAUCUCCCGCCCAUUCAUCACCGUACCGUCGACGAAAUUCUCAACGACUGCUCUUCCUCAUCAUCAUCAUCAUCCUCACCCUCUCCUUCUCCACCUCCUUCUCCUUCUCCUUCUAAUAACAAACCCACUCACUUUCCUCAACCCGUACCCGCAUCCAUUUCGGAUCGGGUUGUGCAGAAUGUGAGGGUCGGUGAUAAACCUCCCCGGCCGCGCUUGUUCUCGUCGUUGUUUGGUCGUGUUACUCCGAAUGCGAAACCCGGUGCUGCUCUUGCUGCUGCUGCUGCCGCGUCGAGAUCUGUUCCGACUCCACAUGCGGCGGCUAUUAUGCACCGGAGGAGAAUUUCCAAUUCGAUUAAAUCCGAAUCGGAUAUUUCCGAUGUUUUGAGUGAAUUUGGUGAGAAAAUUGAGAGGAGUGGGAGUGUUGGUGAUGUUGAUUUCAGAGGUGCUGAAUUGGAGGAGAGAUUUGAGGGUUUUGUGGAGAGGAGUGAGAGUGUUGGUGAUGUUAGAAUUGAUGCAAUUGAAGUGAAUGAAGAUGAUGUGAAUAUGAAGAAUGAUGUGAAGAGUGAUUUAGAUAAGUGUUUUGUUUCUAAUUUGUUGAAUUCUGUUGAAAAUAGUCAUGAUCAUGAUGAUAACGGUUUGGAUUCUACAAAGUCUACACCUUUUGAUGUUGGUGGUGCUGAAAAUGGUCAUGAUCAUGAUAGUAAGGGUUUGAUUUCUGCAUCUUUUGAUGUUGUUGUUGAUGAUGUUGAUGAUGAAAAUGAAGAUAAGUUUGGUGAAAAAAGUAGUUUUGAUUAUGUUGGUGAUAAUGGUAUUAAUGAAAAAGAAGAAAUUGUGAAUGGUGUUGGUGUUGUUGAAGGUAUUGGGAAUGAAAUGAAUGAUGAUGGUGGCGGUGAUGGUAGUGGUGAAGGUAUUGGGAAUGAAGUGAAUGAUGAUGAUGAAGUGAAUGGUGGUGGUGGUGGUGAUGAUGGUAGUUCCAUUGGUGAUGUUUUUGAGCUGGUGGAGGAGACGCUCGAGGAAUUGGAACAGGAAAGUAGAAGGGUUACAAAGAAAAAAUUAGAUUCUUUGAAGAAGCCGCUUGAUUUAGCGGAGGAAUUGGAGAAGAAGAAUGCUUCAACUGGUUUACAUUUGGAAGAGGGUGCUGCUGCGCAGCCAAUGAGACUUGAGGGUGUACGGAGAGGGUCUAUUACAUUAGGUUAUUUUGAUGUUGAUGCUGAUAAUGCAAUCACGAGGGUCAUUUCAUCGCAAAAUUUUAGACGCGAGCAUGGUUCUGCUCAAGUUUUGGUAGUUCAUGCUAAUUACAUUGCUGUUGGAAUGACAAGAGGGCUUAUUGUUGUAGUUCCUAGUAAAUAUUCCAUUCAUCACGUGGAUAAUACAGAUGGAAAGAUGUUGAUGCUUGGUAUACAAGGUGAUCGAUCACAAGCUCCAGUGACGUCCAUGUCUUUCAAUCAACAAGGAGAUCUUCUUUUAGCUGGUUAUGGUGAUGGUCAUGUUACACUUUGGGAUGUACAGAAAGGGGUAGCUGUAAAAGUUAUUAGUGGGGAGCAUACUGCACCAGUGGUACAUGCUUUUUUUCUAGGACAGGAUCCUCAGAAUACUCGUCAAUUUAAAGCAGUUACGGGGGAUUGCAAGGGUCUGGUUCUCUUGCAUCAUAUCUCAAUGGUUGUUUUGAUUAAUAGGUUCAACUUCAAAACUCAGUGUCUUCUUGAUGGGCAAAAUACUGGUUUGGUGCUAUCUGCUUCACCCCUCUUUUCUGGAGAAUUCGGAGGAAGUCCUUCUUAUUCUCAAGGAAACACCAUGGUCUCGGCCAGCAGUAUAAGUAGCAUGGUCGGGGGUGUUGUUGGGGGAGAUGCAGGUUGGAAACUCUUCAACGAAGGCUCUUCUCUGGUUGAAGAAGGUGUGGUUGUAUUUGUCACCCAUCAAACUGCUUUGGUGGUACGACUCAGUCCUUCAUUGGUAGCCUAUGCUCAACUCCCCAGGCCAAAUGGAAUUCGGGAGGGUUCUAUGCCAUAUACUGCAUGGAAAUACAUGACACAAACAAGUAGUUCUACUGAGAAUGCGUCUGCAGAAACUGUUGAAAGAGUUUCACUGCUUGCAAUUGCUUGGGAACGCAAAGUUCAGGUUGCUAGGCUGGUCAAAUCAGAAUUAAAAGUAUAUGGAGAAUGGUCUCUUGACAGUGCAGCUAUAGGUCUGGCAUGGUUGGAUGAUCAGAUGCUGGUAGUUCUCACUUCAACCGGACAACUGAAUUUAUUUGCCAAGGAUGGAACUGUGAUUCACCAAACAAGUUUUGGUAUAGAUGGUAUUGGAGGAGACGAACUGCUUUCAUAUCAUACUCACUUCAUCAACGUAUAUGGAAAUCCUGAGAAAGCUUAUCAUAACGCCAUUGCUGUAAGAGGAACUUCUAUUUAUAUACUUGGUCCAACACAUCUUAUCAUUUCUCGUCUUCUCCCUUGGAAAGAGCGUAUCUUGGUUUUACGGAAAGCAGGUGACUGGAUGGGUGCCUUGAACAUGGCAAUGACUCUUUAUGAUGGCCAUGCUCAUGGGGUUGUUGAUCUACCUAGAACCUUGGAUGCUAUACAUGAGGCUAUAAUGCCCUUCUUGGAGGAGUUGCUUACAUCAUAUGUUGAAGAAGUGUUCUCCUAUAUUUCAGUGGCUUUCUGCAACCAAAUUGGAAAACCUGAUCAAUCCAAUGAUUCAAAUAGUAUAAGCAAUUCAGUGCAUUCUGAAAUAAAGGAGCAAUACACUCGUGUUGGUGGCGUUGCUGUUGAAUUUUGUUGUCAUAUCAAACGGACAGACAUCCUUUUUGAUAAAAUUUUCUCCAAGUUUGUGGAUGUUCAUGUUCAACAGAGAGAAACAUUUUUGGAACUUCUGGAGCCAUAUAUUUUGAAGGACAUGCUUGGAUCUCUACCUCCCGAGAUUAUGCAAGAACUGGUAAAGUAUUAUAGCACGAAAGGGUGGUUGCAGCGGGUUGAACAAUGCGUACUUCACAUGGAUAUUUCAUCAUUGGAUUUUAAUCAGGUUGUCAGAUUAUGCCGGGAGCAUGGACUAUAUAGUGCCCUGGUGUAUCUCUUCAAUAAAGGAUUAGAUGAUUUUAGGGCACCUCUUGAGGAGCUGUUUGCAGUCCUACAAAAUAGCCAGAAGGAAAAUGCUACUGCACAUGGGUAUAGAAUGCUGGUUUAUCUCAAGUACUGCUUUACAGGUCUUGCCUUUCCACCAGGCCAUGGAACUAUUCCUCCUAUGCGAUUGCCAUCUCUCAGAAAAGAACUUGUAGAGUUUUUGUUGGAGGAUUCCAGUGCUACGAAAUCACGGAUAGUUUCAGAUUCUGUGUCCAAACGGCCAUACCUGAAUCUAUAUCUUCUCUUAGAGUUAGACACUGAAGCUACAUUAGAUGUCCUCCGAUGUGCUUUCAUUGAAGAUAAAAAUUCAAAUUCCAGCUCAUCUUUACUGGAAUCAGCUGAUAGACCUAUUGAAGAAGCAAAAGAAGAAAAUAAUAAUGUCACUGGAACUGACAAUAUUUUAGUUCAGAAUACAGUGGAUGCUCUUAUUCAAAUAAUUGAUAUGAAUGUUGUUCCGACAGAUACAACCUCUAGUAGUGGUGAUGACGGAUUAACAAUGGAGUGGCCUUUGAAGGACAAAGGUUGUCUGUUUGAGUUUAUUGCAUAUUAUGUUGCUCACCAAAGAGCUAAAGUUUCAAAGGGCAUGCUUUGUCGGAUAUUGGAAUAUCUCACAUUGGAUAACCACUUUUCAACUAAUGUUUCCUCUCAUAGUUCAACUCCAAAAAAUAGAGAGAAGCAAGUGCUUGCACUUCUGGAAGUAGUUCCCGAGUCCGACUGGGAUGUGCCAUUUUUGCUAGACCUAUGUGAGAGCGCCAAAUAUUAUCAGGUUUGUGGAUUGAUUCAUUCCAUCAGACAUGAGUAUGUGGCUGCAUUGGACAGCUAUAUGAAGGAUGUAGAUGAGCCGGUUCAUGCCUUCUCCUUUAUCAACAAAACAUUCUCACUGUUGAUUGGCAAUGACCAUACUGCUAUCCGAUCAGCAGUCCUAUCUCGAAUUCCUGAAUUGGUUGAACUCAGCAGGGAAGGUGCAUUCCAUGUGGUUACCAGACAUUUUAGUGAUGAAAGUUCCCAUGUCAUCACUAAACUUCAUUCUCACCCAAGAAGUCUUUUCCUUUAUUUAAAGACACUCAUUGAGCUUCACUUAUUUGGCACCCUAGACUUGUCUCAUUUGACAAAGGGUGUUAUUACAAAUCCCCCUAAUGGAAAGCAGGUUAAGGAUCCUCCACCAGGAAUCCAUGAUUACUUAGAAAAUAUAUCCGAUUUCCCCAAGUACAUGCGUGAAAAUCCUAGUCAUGUGCCUGAUGAUCUUAUUGAGCUUUACCUAGAGCUGUUAUGCCAGUAUGAACGAGGUUCAGUUCUAAAAUUUCUAGAAAUGUUUGAUAGCUAUCGUGUGGAACAUUGUUUACGCCUAUGCCAAGAAUAUGGCAUUUUAGAUGCUGCUGCUUUCUUAUUGGAAAGGGUUGGUGAUGUUGGUAGUGCUCUUUCACUUACACUUUCUGAUCUAAAUGAUAAAUUUGUUGAGCUUGAUGCUGUUGUGGAAGCUGUAGUUUCAAACCAUCCUAAGCUUGAUUAUUCCCAUAUAGACGUAUACAACACUGUUUUAAAGACAAAAGAGGUGAAUGGCAUGUAUGAUUUAUUGCAUGCCUGUAUCGGCCUUUGUCAGCGUAACACGCCUCGUCUAAAUCCUGAGGAGUCAGAAGCACACUGGUUUAAAUUACUUGACUCGUUUUGUGAUCCAUUGAUGGAUUCAUAUGUUGAAGAGAAAUCAUAUGAAAGAAAAAAUUAUUUUGGUGUUCUAGCCGGAUCACCAGAUUCACAACUGGACAAAGACACCUAUAAAAGCAGUUGGAAGAUUUCAAAGUCCCGAAAUGGUGAUAUCUUGAGAAAAUUGAUAUCCCAGUUCAUUAAAGAGAUUGUUGAGGGAAUGAUAGGUUAUGUUCAUCUUCCAGCUAUCAUGUCCAAACUCUUGAGUGAUAAUGGUAGUCAAGAAUUUGGCUAUUUUAAACUUACUAUAUUGGGGAUGCUUGGAACGUAUGGCUUUGAAAGAAGAAUUCUGGAUGCUGCCAAGUCCUUGAUAGAGGAUGAUACAUUCUAUACCAUGACUUUACUCAAGAAAGGGGCUUCUCAUGGAUUUGCUCCCAGGAGUUCAGUGUGUUGUAUAUGUAAUUGCCUCCUAACAAAGAACUCAGUUACUAAUGGAAUUCGAAUUUUCAACUGUGGCCAUGCAAUUCAUCUCCAUUGCGAAGCCUCUGAAGUCGAGUCGUCAAGCAAAGCAUCUUCGUCUGGAUGCCCUGUAUGUAUGCCUAUCCAAAAACCCCAGAAGUCCAGAAACAAAUCUAUAAUUACAGAGAAUGGCUUAGUCAAUAAAUUAUCAUCAAGACGCCAAUACCCUCAUGGAAGUACAAGUCAUCACCACCAUGACAGUGAUUUAUCAGAGAAUAUGUAUGGAGGACAGCAACAGAUAUCACGGUUUGAGAUCUUGAGCAGCUUGCAGAAAAAUCAAAGAUUUAUGCAAUUUGAAAACUUGCCUCCAUUGAGGCUUGCCCCGCCUGCUGUGUACCAUGAAAAGGUAAGUAAAGUAGCACACUAUCAGACUGGAGAAAGUAGCAACAAUUCUGCAGUUAUAGAUAAACAUAGUCGUCACAAACAAAACCGGGAUCUGAGAGUCAGAGGUUCAUCAAUUCGUUUUCCUUUAAAAUCAAGUUUUUUUGGCAAGGAAAAGACGAAUAAGCGAUGACAUAACUGUUCUAUAAGAAAAAGAGAUCAAGCACUAACAUCUAACUGUACAGGCUAACAGAAGAUAUCUUCUCCAUUAGAAGAUUUGUUGUAUCUCAACUCAUUAUUCUUUUGUAUCAUACUCUACUUUUUGUAAUGUUAGUUGUUACUAACUAUUGUAUAUGUGUGUAUAUAAGUUAUAAGUUAUGCACAAGUUGUCUAUGUGUACAAUAUGAAAGACCAUUGUUAUGAAUUUAAGAUAUUUAAAUCAGGCGAAUGAGGAAGCAGUUUAUGCAUAUUUCGUUUAUUUA